CUUUUCAACCUCACGCCAAUCACUGCAGUGGAUGCACAAGGAAUUGAAAGUCACUUGGAUUCAAUGCCCGAAGGCAUUCAAACUGUGGAUAACCUUUUGCGGUUCUUUGAUUAUUGCAAACAGUACCAAAAAGAAGUUCGGAAGAAUAGGACCGCACUUGUGGAGUACUGGAAAUUCAUGAACGGUGCAGUGAUGAAGGAGGUGCUUGACGAAGUCGUGUCAAAACAUCGUUUGCCGAAAUCAGACUUUUCACCA